AUGAUUGGAAAUUGUGAAAACUCCCACCCCGAUAAGGAACUAACAUACACAUCAAUUAGUAUAGAAGGUAUUCAGAAAGAUACUUUUGUUUCAUUUAACAUAAAACAAGUAUUCACAAAUACAACUUGUGAAAAUACAGAUUUAACAUAUUAUUUUCCUAACGAAUCACAAUUUUGUACAUAUGAAACACUAUUUAACAUCGACGGAAAAGAAAUAAAGCCAAGUUUACGAGAAAAAGAUGAAGCAAAACAAGUAUUUAAUGAAGCGAGAGAAGCUGGGCGCCAUGCAAUGUUUGGAGAAGAUACAGGCAAUGGACUUAAUUCAUUUAAACUCGGAAAUCUUCCAAAAGAUAAAACAGUAGAAAUUCAUCUUAAAGUUUCAUUCUUAGCUGACAUUGAUGAAAAUGGAUAUUUCUUCAAGUUCCCACUUUCUACAAAAUAUCAGAAAGGAAUAAUGACAAAUGAAUACUCUGAUAAGCCUGAUUCUUUCCAUUUCUCUCUCAAAGUCAAUACUCAAAAAGAACUAAGCGACUUCAAGGUUUCUGUUGAUGGAACUAAGAAUGUAAUCGAUAGUCACAAUGCUACAUUCGAAACAAACGAAGCUCCAAAGAAAGAUGCCAUUUUCAUUGAAACUCCGAUUAAAGAUGAAGAUAAGAGUAUUGCCGUUUCUAGUGAUGGAUAUAUUGCGAUUUCUACAAAUCCUUCAUUUUCAGGUAAAAUUGAAUCAAAUUCAGAAUUUUAUUUCGUUGUUGACUGCUCGGGUUCAAUGAGUGGUGCAAGAAUCAUAAAUGCUGUUAAAUGCAUGAGACUGUUUAUCCAAUCUUUACCACUCGGCUGCAGAUUUUCGAUUAUUAAAUUCGGAACUAGCUUCGAAACAGUUCUUCAACCAUGCGAUUACUCAGAUGAGAAUGUUGACAAGGCACUUAACUUGCUUAAGUCAGUCAACGCCAAAAUGGGCGGAACCGAUAUUUUAUCUCCAUUACAACACAUCGCAGGGUUAAAGCCACAGCCAGGAUUUGUCAAGCAGAUAUUCCUUUUGACGGAUGGAGAGGUAAAUAAUCCAGAUAUUACUUGCGCAACAGCUUUAAAGAACAGAAAUGAAAAUAGAAUCUUUUCAAUCGGAUUGGGAUCAGGUGCAGAUCCAGGCCUUAUUAAAGGAUUGGCCAAAAAGAGCGGCGGCAACUAUAUAAUGAUCGCUGAUGAAGAUAAUAUGAAUGAAAAAGUUAUUACACUGCUUUCAUCAGCUAUUGCACCAGCAGCUACAAAUAUAUCAAUACAAACUGAUAAACCUGCUACAGAGGUCUGGCCUUCUCCUUGUCCUUCAGUUUAUUCAAAUAAUCCUCAAAGUUUCCUUAUUAAAGCACCACAUUCUGAGAAUGUAUUGAUCAGUGGUACUUGUUCAGAUGAGACAGUCGAUAUUGUCAUUCCUGUAUCAAAAUGUGAUGAUAAUUUAGGAAUGAAACAAUUAUUCGCAAGAUACAUCAUAGAAGACUAUGAAACGCAAAUUCUUCUCCAAAGAAAUGACGAACUUAGACAGAAAUGCAUCCAAUUAAGUAUAGAAUCCGGAGUUCUUUCCAAAUUUACUGCUUAUGUCGGAGUUAUCUUCGAAGCAGCUCCACCUCCAGCAGAAAACCCAGCAAAGAGGAUUGCAAGACACCAACUCCAAAGAAAACUCCAUGGUUCUGGUUUGGCCCCUCAUAUGCUUGGUGGAGCAUCUCCAAUGAGAAUGAUGAGGCCAAAUGCAAGAGUAGUUUCCCAGGAUGUGUCAACAAUUCAUCAGUUCAAUGAUAAUGAAGAAGACGCUGAUAAAGAAAAAUCUAAAGACGCUGUUCCGAAACCAAACGUCAAUGGAUCGUGGACUGAGUUUGAAAAUAUGGAUAAUGAACUCAUUGAGAAGUAUGGAAAAGCUGUUGCUGCAACCGUUGCUGCAAUCGCAUUUAUCAGAACUCAAUUUAAGGAUAAAUUGAAAGAAUAUGCUCUCAUUAUCAAGAAGGCAUUUGCUUUCUUGGCCAAACAAAACAAGGACGUUAACUGGGAAGAAAUUGUCAAUAAAUACGUCAAGGCCUAA